CAGGCCUCUCCGCGGAUGGACAGCGAGCCGCCAGCCGGGCCCCAGGCCCGCGGCCCCGCCGCGCGGGGAGCGGAGCCGGGGGACGGCAGCGGGGCGGCCGGGGCUCCCACCGGGGCCCCCACCGGGGCCCCCACCGGGGCGGCCGGGGGGCUGCCCACCCCCGGCACCCGCAGCGACGCCCCCGCAGCCCCCGGGGACAGGCCCGUGGCCACCAGCUCAGCCUUCGAGGGGGCCCCUCCACCCUACUCGCCCCCGGACCCCAAGAGCUUCCACCUCCUCUACCCGCCGUUCCCAGCCGGCUAUCCCCAGCAAGGGCCCAUCUUCUACCCGUCGGGGCCGGGACCGCAGCCCUUCCCAGCCCCGGGCUUCCCCCCUGGGCCCCUGCCCUACAGCGCGUACCACCCGCAGCCGGGCGCGGGGCCCUCACUCGCCGGCCACGGGCACCAGCGGCCCAAGGACUACACGGUGGAGUCGGUGCUGGUGACCCUCUUCUGCUGCCUGAUCACCGGGGUCAUGGCUCUUGUCUACUCCCACGAGACCCGGGCUGCGCUCGCCCGUGGGGACAUGGCCCAGGCGUACCUGGCAUCCAAAAAAGCGCAGUCACUGGUCCUCAUCAGCCUCCUCUUCGGGUUGUUCGCCUCCAUCAGCUGGAUCGUCUACGUCCUGGUGUCCCUGUACCUGUGAUAAGGACCCUGAGCCCCAGGGUGCCAAGAGCUCCUUGUGGCUCCACCUGGGGGGGAUGUGGGGCACGGGCAGGUGAAGUUGCCACAGCCUUGUGUGGGAUCGGGUGACAAUGAAGAGUUUUUGGGGCUGCGGGGCAGCGUCCGUCCUUCCCGGCGGGACGAGGAGCUGCCCCGCAGCCUUCAGGGCAGGAGGAGCCCAGAGCAGGGAGAUGCUGCGUCCUGCUGGAUCCAGCUCUGGGCAGGGAGCUGUGUCGGAUCCAUGGGCGGGAUCAGGCUCUGCUGCAGGACGCUGAAUCCCACUGCUCUGGGCUCUCACUUGGAGCUGCCAAUGGGACUCAGGUGUGGAGGGAGCUUCUUGUAGGAGCGGGGUUGGAGAUGGAGCAGAAUUAACAGGUGUGUGGGAAGCCCUCACGGGUCAUUAAUAGUGUGAGAAGAUACAAACUCAUGUAUGCAGUUCUACAGCAAUUCUGCACACACACACCCCACUGCACAACACCCACCCUGUAUUGCCACCUCUUGCUGCUUCCAGACUGAAAUAAAAUACAGCUGUAGCCAAA